UCGCCAUUGGUUGUUAUUUGUUUACUUCAAAACGGACGGCGGAAACACAAAUUGGAGUAAAAACACGAUUUUUGUUGUGUUAUAUAAAACAAUACACACAUUGUGUUGGUAAAAUAUAGCAAAGUUACUUUCUCCACUUACGAUUUAGCUAUUCAAACGUUGAUUUAUCUCGCUAAGUUUAGCUGUGAUUGCCUCGCUGCUGUAGCUAGCUACAGAAGAUUUCCAGAAGUAGCAACUGAAAAGUAGUUCUCAGUCGACUUGCUGUGUAUUAUCGUUUGUUCGUCAAACGUGUAUUAACACGCAAGUUAAGAUUGAAAAAUCAUUUUGCGUCUAUGUAAUUUUAUCUAACAACACCACUUUAUUUACUUUUGCCUACAUCCUAGAACACAAUGGAUGCAGAAAUUGAAUUUUUGCGAGAUCAAGUCCACAGGUUAAAUUCUGCUCUUAGCCGCUAUCAGCUGGGGGUCACAUCGUCUCAGCUGGAUGAGGCACAGCAGGCAGAGUCUCCUCCACCCUGGCUGUCAGACAGAGGGAUAAUGGCUCCUCUUAUAGCAGAGUAUGACCGGCACAUGGACGAAAUGACUGAAAAGCUUCAGAAAUAUCAGGAGAUGAUGACAGAUGUCAGACUGAAGCUGGAAAAGGUUGUGGAGGAAAAUGAAAGGUUGCAUACGGAGCUGAGGGAGUCUAUUGAGAAGCAGCUACACUCCCUGCCUGUGGACUCAGAAGCAGAGGGCAGCGCAACAGUAGACACAGCCAUCCUUAAAAACCUGCAGGAGCAAGUUCAACUGUCUGAACAGGAGCGGAAACAGGCCAUGGAGCUGUGGCACACGACGGCCCAGGAGCUGGACCGCCUACAGCAGGUCUACCAGAGGGCCCUCUCUGACGGGCAGCUCCACAACGCUCAGAGACAGCAGCUCAAGGAUCAGCUUGUUCAGUUCCAGCAGCGCUCUGACAAACUCCAAGCGGCCAAUCAGAAGCUGGAAUCUACGAACCAGCAGCUCCUGAAGACGGUGACAGAGCAGAGCACAGAAAUGGAGGAGCUGCACUGCCAGCUCAGGCAGGCUAAAGCUGAACUCAGGACGGCCACAGCCAGAGUGGACGAGAUGACCAAAUUUUUAGAGAAUCUCCAGAAACAGAUGAAAAGAAAAGAGGAGGACAUGGCUGAGGCUCAGGCCAGAGAGGACACAGCAGACAGAAGACUCCAGCAGCUUCAGACAUCCCUGAGCCAACAGGAAACCCGGCUAAAGGCUGCAUCUCUGGAGACGGAGGCAGUUCGUCGAGAGCAAGCUGUGUGGGAGACAAAGGUGGGGGAACUGCAGGCGCGUUGCACCACCCUGGAAGAGGAAAAGUUCGAGGCUCUGUCCAAAGUCAGAGAGAAUGUUCAAGUAGCUGAAGAGGCUGUAUUGCAGAAGGAGCAGUCCCUUUUAAGAGAGAAACAGAAGACAGAGGAGCUUGAAAAGACAACGCAUGCCAUCAAGCUCUUGAUCCAGGAGGCUGCAGUCCGAACAAGGAAAGAGGUGGAAAACGUGCGCAAGCAGUGCAACAUCCAAAUCCAUCGUAUGGCAGAAGAACUGUCUGCACUGCAGCUGGAGUGUGCAGAUAAAGAGGCUCAGAUUGAAAGAUCCCAGCGUGAGAGGAAAGCUGUAGAAGAAGAACUGGAGAAGGUGUAUAAGGAAGGCAGGGUGGAGCCGGACUUCAAGAAGAUCGAGGCCCUUCAUCAGAGGUGUCUAAAUGCAGAGAGGCUGAAGGACGACGCUAACCUCACUCUCCAAAGCACUCAGAAGAAGCUGAAAAAGAUGGAGAUGGACUACAGCGAGGAAGUGUCGCGGUGUCAGGAGGAGGCGCGGCGGCUGCAGGACUUGCUGGCUGCGGCUCGGAGUGACUGCGUCGGUGUCAGCGACGAGCGGCUUCAGCUGCAGCAGGAGAACACGCGGCUGCGCAAGGAGAUGGAUGACUUGCGCAAAGCCAGCAUGCAGAUCCAAAGAAACGCCAAGCAGAAAGUCUCCGAGAUGGAGCAAGCAUGCAGCCUCAAAGAGCAGGGACUUGAUGCGCGGGUGAAGGAACUGGAGGAAAGGAGCCGAAGCUCCAGCGCCGAUCUGACACGCCUCCUUGCAGCACAGCAGAAAAGCACUCAACGAUGGAAGGAAGAGGCCAAGAACCUAGCGCAGGCCUUUGAAAGUAAAAUCACAGCUCUCAAGGCAGAACUGAAACGGCAGAAACAACGCUCGCUUGAGUUGGAGAACCAGCUCCAAACAGACCAUAACACAAUAUCUGAGUAUGAGAAACAGCUUGCAGAAUAUCAAGAGAAGACAAGUCGUCUCCAGAGAAGACUGACACAAGCUGAACAGAAGGCAACUACAGCUUCGCAUCAGCUGAAUAUGUUCGCAUCACAGCGAAGGAAACCUGCCACAGUGGAUCCAGGGGACUCUAUGACAGUUGGCCAUAACUUUGGGAAAAUAUUAAAAUAGAAUAUGUUUUUAUAACUCUUUCUUAGGUUCACAUAGUUUGGGUUGUUGCUGCUUUUCCAGAGGCAUUUAAUAGCAUAUUUUCUAAGAAGGAAUUGUAUGUGUUUCAAUAAAUGAAUAAAAAAUUA